UAUCACUCAUGCGUCUUUGAGGUAAUUAGUUUGUGUCACUUGCCUACAUGUCGGCCUCCUGUGGGGAGAUUACUGUAGUUUAAUUUCACAGAUGUAAAAGGGUCUGGGUAAGAAUGAUUAAGUGAGAGAGAAGUAAGCUGGGGUUUGCUAUAUAUGCAUCUCUCCCACAGUUGAUUUCGUUGCACUGAUGAAGAUGGGACAGGCAGCAACCUUACCCUGCAGAAAAGGUGGCACCUAUGUCACCGAGCUUUAUGAAUGGUUCAGGAAGUUCCUGAAUGAAUGCCCCAGUGGACUGAUCACCCUCCAUGAGUUCAGACGUCACUUCUGCAAUGGAACCGUGGGAAAAGAGUCAGCGGAGUAUGCAGAGCAGAUAUUCCGCACACUAGAUAACAAUGGGGAUGGAGUUGUGGACUUCAGAGAAUAUGUGACAGCCAUCAGCAUGUUGAUUGAGGGCACGACAGUGGAGAAGCUGCGCUGGUCCUUCAAACUCUAUGAUAAAGACAAAGAUGGAGCCAUCACACGCUCAGAGAUGCUUGAAAUCAUGCAGGCUGUGUACAAGAUGAGCGUUGCAGCAUCACUGACCAAACCUGAUCCACUGACUGCUGAAGAAUGCACCAACAGGAUAUUUGUACGGUUGGACAAAGAUAACAAUGCCGUUAUCAGUCAGGAGGAGUUCAUUGAAGGCGCGCUGAAUGAUGAAUGGAUCAGAGAGAUGUUGGAGUGUGAUCCAAACACAGUGAAGAUGGAGAGGCCUCCCAAAGGCCAUGCAGUACUAUAAAGCUGUAUUAUAACCUUAAAGAUGAGAAGUUCAUGCAUUAGUCAGUAUGAUUAUAUUGAAUUUAAGGAACAGUUCACCACAAAAAUGAAAAAUG